ACCGCCGGACGAUGACAUGUCGAACAGCAAUGUUUCGCUACUUCCAGAUAUGUCCAUAAUAACGGAGAGCUUAAUACUGCAAGAUCCGCUUGAUUAUCGUCGAGUGGAAUUGCCAUCCUUUGGGACAAUGGAGAGCGUCCUGCAGAGGAAAGAGCCGAUAAGCAGGAAAGUGCGAAGGUUCAUCGUCUGCGCCCUUUACCAGGAGGCUGCCAAGGUUACAUGGUACCCUUCGGCCCGACUCUACCACAAGCUUGUGGACGCUCUGCUGUCAAAGUACGAACACCUGCGGGAUCCCUUGGGAACUGGCAUGGAAUCUUGGAAAGAGGCGCUGAGACGGAAAUACAAAAACGAGCGACGGAAGAUGAAUGCACCUCCACCUGCUGUCGUUGGAAUUCGGCAAAAAAAUACAGCAAAAGAAAGGCCUGCAGCAUCUGCUGUGGACUCGAGCCAUGCAAAAGUCAUCCGGCUCCAUGAUGCCGAGCAUCUCCUACAUGAUGUUGAGACGGUCGACAGCUUGGCAGAGCACGACUUGUGGCUCCGGGAUGUUAGCUGUCCAGCAGACACAACUGUGUACCGUGACAGACUUGCUGUGACUGCAAAGCCUCGACGUGACAACAUAAAGACUAUCAGUGUUGUGGAAUCCCUUAGGAUUUAUCCUUUUCUGAAGGAUGAGACAGCAAGGAUACAUGGCUCUGAUCGUUGCAACUCGUUGCAGCACAAUGUGGAGAGAAGCUGGAGAGCUUUGUAAUCGAUUAGGAUCAAGGUCUUCCGCUUGGCUCCAUCGUUCAAGUACGAGGUGGAGUUCCUCAUCUUUUUGUGGACAGAGAGCUGGUCUGCAAGUCCAGCACGACCCUACACAGCAUUGCGUUAUUCUUUGCGGCAUACUGGAUCUUCAACAUCAGGUACAGCGGCAAGGCAAAGGGCACACUUACAUUCUUGGAGCGAGCCCUUCUGGGCUUCAAAGAAACAUAGCCGAAGGCCAGGUGUUUGGACCUUCUUAACUUUUUCGAGUUUUAUUCCAAAUAAAAGUCA